GCUAACGCCGAGCAUGGCUCUACAACCGUUUACAAACGAGCAGCUGAAUUAUUUCAAAUUUGCCUCCAUUGUACUCAAUGAGUUCGCCGAUGCUUUGCGUCAGACGUUCAAAUCCAUGUGGGACAACAGAUUUGGACAUCGUCCUGGGUAUCAACUCUGGGAUGACUCCACUGUAGUAAGAAAUUUGUUUCACAAUGAAGAAGGCGGAAAAACCAAAGUUCCUACACACAUCUCCUAUGAAGAAUGGGAUUGUACCGCCCUGUUUCAGGCCACCAUCUAUGCAAUGUCCUUCGCUACACUAGAUAGCAAAGGUCAUUACAAAACACUUGGUGAACUGUACGUAAAGCACCGUAAAGUACCUCUUGGAAAGUUCCAUCCAUCUGUUGUGAGUCCAAGUGGAAAUACAGCCGAAACCUCCGCUCUCGCGAUUGAUCAGCUUCGACUUUUACGAAACUCGCUCUGUCACGCAGACAAGUCAGAGAUUGAUAAACCAACCUUUGACCAAUACGUGCAGCUCGCUAAAGAUGCAUUCCAAGUUCUUGGUAUCAUGACAGAUCCCAUUGAUGCCAUCGGUGGCAUGACAGAGUCUGACUUUCCCACCAAAAAAGUUCACAAGUUGGAAGAAAGUCUUAGACAGGAGACCAGAUCAUAUAUCGAGUGUCUCGAAGAAGUAAGAUCAGGUGUCGACAAAUUAAUAGCACAAGUUGAAGACCUCGCUUUGUUGAAGGGAAAAAUAGAUGAUUUGAAACUUAAGAUGGAUCAAGAUCAAACAGAUUCAAAGCCAUUCCUUCCACCAUCAAAUCUUCCUUCAAAGGUUCCACACUUUACUGGCCGUCAGAGAGAGUGUGAAGACAUCAGUAAUCACUUAACUUCCAAAAGUUCCCGGAUCGUGUCGAUAUGGGGCUCGCCUGGUUUUGGUAAGACUUCUGUGGCAACUGAAGUCGGACAUCAACUCCAAACUGAAGGACUUCCCGUGUACUUCUUCUCCAUGCGAGGGCUUCUUUCAAAAGCCGAUCUGACUACGCAGCUUCUGAGCUUCUUUAAAAGACACUCCACAAAAGAUCAAAUGCCUCAGCGGAUGUCCAUAGAAGACGAACUUUCCCUCUUUUUAAGCGACAUUUCAGGUGAAUUUGUGAUGAUUCUUGACAAUGCCGAUGACUUACUCGAAAGUGGAGCACCGAAUGUGAAGGAGGAUUUCAUCAACCUUCUGGAAGUCAUUCUUAGUCAAUUCAAAAAUUUAACAUUUCUUCUUACCACAAGGGAAUCUCUUGAAUUUAUGAAUGUGAAUUUUCAAGGCCAUCAAGCAGUAAGAAUAGGGCCAUUACACGAGUCCUUUUCUCAAACCUUAGUCGGCGGAUUACUUCCAAAAGCGACCGCGUCUGACUGCUCGAAUAUUGCAAAAAUAUGCGGGUUCGUACCUUUGGCCAUGAAACUGUUGUGUUCCUCUAUUGCUGAGGAUAAUGCUCAGCCGACUCAAUUUUUAGUUAGCUUCAAGGAAUCUAUAGAAGAUAACCUUUUCCAGCUGUUGGACAAUCCAGAUUAUCCAAGCAAUCUGCGAUUGAAGCUCCUAUUUGAAUCCUCUUUUCAGAGACUCUCUCUAUCAGACAAAGAAGCGCUGGUAUCACUUAGUGUUCUUUCUGGAGAUUUUAACCACUCAGUUGCUACAGCUGUCAUGGGUGUAAAAACAAUUCUGGGGGCCAAGAAAAUCUUGCAUAGGCUCCGGAGAAAAUCUUUCCUCGACUCUAGCUUCAAACCUGAGUCAUUUUCGAUGCAUAAGUUGGUUCUGUCGUUUGCAAGAGAAAGAGGUCAAGAUGAAAUGAAAGAAACCAUGCUGAACUCCAAAGCACGUUUGUCUGCAUUUUACGUCUCUCUUUUCGAGAAGCUAAAUCAACAGUUUUUGACAGGACAAUCCAUGCAAGCAUUUAUUGAUUUCUAUGAAGAGAAGCAGAAUAUUAUUCAGAGUCUUAUGGAGAGCUGCUCCGAUCCUAAGACAUGUGACGUUACAUUUGGUGUCCUUACAAAAGCAGAAAUCUUUCUAGAUUCCCUUUUCUGGUGCGAGGGAAAAAUCAUCGACAAAAUUUACGAUCGCGCAACUAAAGAAGCUCAGGCGUUUGGAAAAAGCGUCUUCUACAGCCAGUUACUGGUGUCCUUGGCAUUCACCGAAAUUACUUGGGGGAUAGAUGGAAGAUCGAUGACGAUGCUCUCUAAAGCCGAAGGCCUUUCUUUGUCGGUAGAUGAUAAAAGAAAAAUCCAGUGUUAUAGAGGCAUCUGUCAACUGGUUUCAGGGAAAAUAGACGACGGAGCUCAGAACUUGCGAGAAGCUCUUUGCUUGACUAGUGACAGUCCCGAACAGCGAAUUCUCACAGUAUUCUCGCUGCAAAUUCUUGUUACUUACUUUCUUUUCAAUAAAAAGGAAGCAACUUCACUGGAGCUUUACACCAAAGCCUUACAUGAAUGCAGAGCACUACGAGACACAAGUCUUCUUGUUAUUCCUCAAGUGAAUAACAAAGAAUUGACAAUGAUCGAGGCAGAUAUGCCAGAACCAGGUGUUAUAACCACUCAACCACUUAGAUUAGAAACUAUUUGCGUUGUUAGCAAAGCAACAGAAAUGUUCUCUGAUUACGAAACAAAGCAAGCAAUAAGCAAAUCUGUGCUAAGGAUGUCAAAUCAAACAGAAACACAGAUCCUCCCACAUUCCAUUGGUUCAUGGACCUUCCAGCGCAACAUCAAUUCGACACUUAAAAAUGUAUUGAAUAAUCCCGAGGAAGCAUCAAAGUUGUGCGACACGUGGAUCAGUUAUCAUAACAAGGUCUUAAAAGAAAGUAGACAAGAUAUCCCAGAUGAUAAAGCUAAACCCAAAGAAAAUCUUGAUUUAAAUUUGCAUCAAGAAGAAUUAUUAAGAAGCUAUUUCGACCGCGCCCAUGCUCUUCAUCAGAUGCAAAACUAUUCUGGAGCCAUUCAGUCCUUUCAACAUGCCCUUGAAUUCGCAAUAGGACUCUUCGGGGAAGAACACCCAGACACAACGGAUUGUUACUUUUCUCUCGGAAUAACCCAACAUGCCUCAAAAGACUUUUUGUCAGCACUUCAGUCCGAACAGCGUGCUCUUGACAUAAGAGUUAAACUCUUCGGUGAGGAACACCCAGACACAGCUCAAAGUUACUUAAACCUUGGAGUAACACAACAUGCCUUAGGCAAUUUUUCAUCAGCACUUCAGUCCAAACAGCGUGCUCUUGAUAUAAGAGUUAAACUCUUCGGUGAGGAACACCCAGACACAGCUCAAAGUUACUUUAACCUUGGAGUAACACAACAUGCUUUAGGCAAUUUCUCAUCAGCACUUCAGUCCAAUCAGCGUGCUCUUGACAUAAGAGUUAAACUCUUCGGUGAGGAACACCCAGACACAGCUCAAAGUUACUUCAACCUUGGAGUAACACAACAUGCUUUAGGCAAUUUCUCAUCAGCACUUCAGUCCAAGCAGCGUGCUCUUGACAUAAGAGUUAAACUCUUCGGUGAUGAACAUCCAUGCACAGCUCAAAGCUACUUCAACCUCGGGGUAACACAACAUGCUUUAGGCAAUUUCUCGUCAGCACUUCAGUCCCAGCAGCGUGCUCUUGACAUAAGAGUUAAACUCUUCGGUGAGGAACACCCAGACACAGCUCAAAGUUACUUAAACCUUGGAGUAACACAACAUGCUUUAGGCAAUUUCUCAUCAGCACUUCAGUCCCAUCAGCGUGCUCUUGACAUAAGAGUUAAACUCUUCGGUGAGGAACACCCAGACACAGCUCAAAGUUACUUUUCUCUCGGAGUAACACAACAUGCCUCAGAGGACUUUUUGUCAGCACUUCAGUCCAAACAGCGUGCUCUUGACAUAAGAGUUAAACUUUUUGGGGAAGAACACCCAGACACAGCUCAAAGUUACUUCAAUCUUGGGGUAACACAACAUGCUUUAGGCAAUUUCUCGUCAGCACUUCAGUCCCAUCAGCAUGCUCUUGACAUAAGAGUUAAACUCUUCGGUGAGGAACACCCAGACACAGCUCAAAGUUACUUUAAUCUUGGAGUAACACAACAUGCUUUAGGCAAUUUCUCGUCAGCACUUCAGUCCCAUCAGCAUGCUCUUGACAUAAGAGUGAAACUCUUCGGUGAGGAACACCCAGAUACAGUUGAAAGUUACGUCAACCUUGGGGUAACACAGCAUACUUUAGGCAAUUUCUCGUCAGCACUUCAGUCCCAUCAGCAUGCUCUUGACAUAAGAGUUAAACAAUUCGGUUACGAACACCCAGACACAGCUCAAAGUUACUUCAACCUUGGGGUAACACAACAUGCUUUAGGCAAUUUCUCAUCAGCACUUCAGUCCAAGCAGCGUGCUCUUGACAUAAGAGUUAAACUCUUCGGUGAGGAACACCCAGACACAGCUCAAAGUUACUUCAACCUUGGAGUAACACAACAUGCUUUAGGCAAUUACUCGUCAGCACUUCAGUCCCAUCAGCGUGCUCUUGACAUAAGAGUGAAACUCUUCGGUGACGAACACAAAGACACAGCUGAAAGUUACGUCAACCUUGGGGUAACACAACAUGCCUUAGGCAAUUUCUCGUCAGCACUUCAGUCCAAUCAGCGUGCUCUUGACAUAAGAGUUAAACUCUUCGGUGAGGAACACCCAGACACAGCUCAAAGUUACGUCAACCUUGGGGUAACACAACAUGUUUUAGGCAAUUUCUCGUCGGCACUUCAGUCGGAUCAGCGUGCUCUUGACAUAAGAGUGAAACUCUUCGGUGAGGAACACCCAGAAACAGCUCAAAGUUACUUCAACCUUGGGGUAACACAACAUGGUUUAGGCAAUUUCUCGUCAGCACUUCAAUCCAAUCAGCGUGCUCUUGACAUAAGAGUGAAACUCUUCGGUGAGGAACACCCAGACACAGCUCAAAGUUACGUCAACCUUGGGGUAACACAACAUGCUUUAGGCAGUUUCUUGUCAGCGCUUCAGUCCCAUCAGCGUGCUCUUGACAUAAGAGUUAAGCUCUUCAGUGACGAACACCCAGACACAGCUCAAAGUUACUUCAACCUCGGGGUAACACAACAUGCUUUAGGCAAUUUCUCGUCAGCACUUCAGUCUGAUCAGUGUGCUCUUGACAUAAGAAUGAAACUCUUCGGUGAGGAACACCCAGACACAGCUCAAAGUUACUUCAACCUCGGGGUAACACAACAUGCUUUAGGCAAUUUCCUGGCAGCACUUCAGUCCCAUCAGCGUGCUCUUGACAUAAGAGUUAAACUCUUCGGGGAAGAACACCCAGACACAGCUGAGUGUUAUGUUUCUCUCGGAGUAACUCAACAUGCAUCAGGCGACUUUUUGUCAGCACUUCAGUCCCAUCAGCGUGCUCUUGACAUAAAAAUCAAACUCUUCGGGGAAGAACACCCACACACAGCUGAGUGUUACUUUUCUCUCGGAGAAACACAACAUGCUUUAGGCAACUUCUCAUCAGCACUUCAGUCCAAACAGCGUGCUCUUGACAUUAGAGUUAAACUAUUCGGGGAAGAACACCCACACACAGCUGAGUGUUACUUUUCUCUUGGAGAAACACGAAUUGCCUUAGACGACUUCUUUUCGGUAUUUUAG